CCCAUCCUUACCAGACUCUGGUUUCAGCGAGGGAAAGGUGGUUUGAACUUGGUGCUAUAGGCUGGCGGUUUCCUCGCUGCAGCGCAUAUCACUGAUUGAAUAUUGUAGCCUACGUUGGCUGACAGCUAUCGUUUCUCUUUCUGAACCAAAGCAAGCGCAGGAAAGGUAUCCACCUGCGACCGCCAGUGACACACCUCAAGCAUGGAUGCUCUGAAAUCAGCUGGAAGAGCGAUAAUCAAGAGUCCCGGAGUCCCGAGGCACACAUGGGGCACGUCCAAGCACGAAAAGCUACCAGAGAACUGGACGGACACCAAAGAGACCCUAUUGGAGGGGAUGGUGUUUCAGGUGAAAUACCUCGGCAUGACCCUGGUGGGACAGCCCAAAGGGGAGGACAUGGCCUCUGCCGCUAUUCGCCGGAUCGUCGCCACGGCCCGGGCCAGUGCUAAGAAGUUCCAGAAGGUGACCCUGACAAUCUCCCCUAAAGGCAUAAUCAUCACGGACACAGAGACACAGGACCUUGUUGAAAACGUCUCAAUAUACAGAAUUUCCUACUGUACGGCAGAUAAAACUCAGGACAAGGUGUUUGCCUACGUUUCUCAGAGUCAGUUCAACGAGACGCUAGAGUGUCAUGCCUUCCUCUGCCACAAGAAGAAGAUUGCUCAGGCUGUAACUCUGACAGUGGCCCAGGCCUUCAAAGUAGCUCUGGACCUGUGGGAGAUUGCUCAAGAAGAUAAGAGUAAAAAGACCAGGAUGUGUUGCUCGUGUUCAGUCAGUGAUGGACAAACAGAGACGACAGCCACACACACACAACCUGUCUCAGACUCAGAAAAGCCCCUGGUGAAGGAGGAGAAUGUGAGACAGCCGUUCUUCUCCAUGUCCUUCAGCUCACCGUCGCCACGCAACAAACCCAGCCUGAGACGACCAAUCAAACACGACUCCUGGGAUGUGGAGGAUGGCUUCGAUGACGCAUUCUCAAGCAACAUGGAGCUUGAUGAAAUGGACACUGGUAAGUCAGCCUUGCAGAGUCCCGGUCGAGACCGAAAUCUGACGAUGCAGUUUUGAAUCAUCUGGAGCAGAAAGGAUAUCUUCACCCCCUGAAGGACCUCAUGUCCCAGAGAAGCAACUGGGCAUCGAUUCAGACUAACAAACCAAAAACAACAACAAAAACAAGACCAACACUGGUACUACUGUCGACACCACCACAGACUCUACUGUCCCUACAAACACCCAAAAACACAGCUUCUGUUUCAGUAAUGCCCCACAUUUCCCCACAAACACAGCUUCUGAUGCACGGCUGCCCCAAAUGUCCCCACAAACACAGCUUCUGAUGCACGGCUGCCCCAAAUGUCCCCACAAACACAGCUUCUGAUGCGCGGCUGCCCCAAAUGUCCCCACAAACAUAGCUUCUGAUGCACGGCCGCCCCAAAUGUCCCCACAAACACAGCUUCUGAUGCACGGCCGCCCCAAAUGUCCCCACAAACACAGCUUCUGAUGCAUUACUGCCCCAAAUGUCCACAGAAACAAAGCUUCUAAUGCAUUACUGACCCAAAUGUCCACAGAAACAAAGCUUCUAAUGCAUUACUACCCCAAAUGUCCACAGAAACACAGCUUCUGAUGCACUACUGCCCCAAAUGCCCCCACAAACACAGCUUCUGAUGCACUACUUCCCCAAAUGUCCCCACAAACACAGCUUCUGAUGCAAUACUGCCCCAAAUGUCCCCACAAACACAGCUUCUGAUGCUGUACUGCCCCAAAUGUCUCUAUGUCCACAAACCCCUGAUAACCAAGACAUGCUACUGCCCUUGCAAACCUCAAAGUGUGGGGAAAAAAAUAGUAUACUGCCGUCACCAGAAAUCAGGUCCUGAAAAUCCGUCCUAUCAGACCACUUUGACCACAUGGUACUUUGCAUUCUGAUACUCUGUCAUCUAGAGCAAAUACCUUCUCGACACCCAGCAUCUGUUUUAAAAUAAAAAUGGACAACCAGCCUCUUCUCACUUCCAAAGUAAACUCUGAUCUCCAUGGUGACUCACCAAACGGUACCCUGUUGUAGUGUACUGUAAUAGGGUACCGUUUGCACUAGUACAUAGAUAAUUGUCCUUAAUGGUAUAAUCCCACUGUGGUUAGUUAAGACCAGCUCCAACUCUGAUGAAAGUGCUGUCUUACUAAAUCCAUAUUGAACACUACCAGCCUCAGGAGGUCACCACCUGGAAUACACGUCUUUCAAUCUGUUGAAAAAAAAGAAGCUAUUCCUUUAAUUCAGCAUGUUCAUUAACACUGGACAGACCAGGCUUCGUUUGACCUACAGUGGGGAGAACAAGUAUUUGAUACACUGCCGGUUUUGCAGGUUUUC